CACGCCAUCUCAGUCGCGUUUCGGACAGCCCGCGGGGAAGACUGGACUGGAUUUAGACGCGGUUAGACGUGGGAAUGGAUCGAACUUCAAGCAGCAGUGUGGCAGAACUUGGCGAAGGCGAUGGAGAUGCCGGGGGGGCCAAGGCGACGGUGACGGCCCAUCAAGAGUACGCCGAGGCCCUGUCCCUUUCCAGCCAGCGUCGCAAACGGAGGUGGCAUAUUCGCUCGUGUUCGUGGAGCACCCUGGAUCUCUUGACUGUGGCGGCUAUCGUCACCGCCCUGCUGCUCAUCUUAGGCGCCAUUUACAUGCACUUAAAGCAGAGGCCCCAUCUGGGGCGCUUGCACAUCACGCGCAAGGAGAAGGAGCUGGUGGCCGUCGACACGGAGUCAUUGCCCGUUUCUCUGGAUGUUGCAGCUGGCGUGGCUGCCCAGAGCAUAACUACAUUCCGGCCAUCGGUUCUGGAGCCGAGCGGGGACUGCCUGCCAUGCAUCGCUGUCGCCGCCACGGACAACCACCCAGGAACGUGCGGGGGGAGGCCGUGCGGCAUCUAUCGCAUCUCAUGGCUGUACUGGAUGGACGCCCAGGGGACUAGUGACCCGGACAGCGCACUUACGCAGGCAGACUACGAGGAAUGCGUGCCAGUUGCCAGCUGCGCCGAGGGGCUUGUGCGGAGCUAUGUGAAGCGGUUCGGCUAUGACUGCGAUGGAGACGGGCUGAUUGGAUGUCGGGAUCACGUAAUGUUGCACCUGAACGGACCCACGGGCUGCCGCAUGGGAAAGCCCCUAGCCGCUCUGGUCGAGCGACGAAUGAAAAAGUGUUUCACCCAAAAAGACAUUCAGUAGAAGGGUUCCAAAGUGUAUUUAUUACCGUGAAGGGUGGGCACUCAUUAGAUUGCUUAAGACGAA